AAUGAACACCGUAUCAUCCCGGAGUGUCGGUUACACGCGACGCGAGCUAGAAUUACUCUCGUUUUAACCGCUAAUAAUAUUAUUUUUUAUAUUCAAAACAGUUAAAGAUGACAGAAGCUGUAGCGAAAGGCGAAGCUGUACUGUUACGCGAAGCGCGUGACAAAUUCGCCGCGACGUAUGGUCGUAAUCCUGUCGCAGCGGCGGGAGCUCCGGGCCGGGUUAACCUCAUCGGUGAACACGUGGACUACUGUGAAGGAUAUGUACUACCCGUGGCCCUACCUUUCCUCACGAUAGUAGUAGGGGCAUACAACAACACAGAUGAGUGUCAGAUCCUGUCAAUCCUCGCCAAUGGUCAGGAAGCAACAGCUACCUUCCCUGCAACUACAGCAUCGGUUCUUAAGCCUGGUGAACCAGCUUGGGCGAACUAUGUUAAGGGUGUCGUUGCAAAUUUUCCAGAAAAAGUUCGUGGUUUCGACGUCGUAAUCGUAUCAGAUGUUCCAAUGGGAUCCGGUGUUUCGAGCAGUGCAUCUCUUGAAGUUGCCUUCUUUACAUUCCUGGAAGCUCUUACAGGAACACGGGUUGAGCCAGUAAAGAAGGCAGAGUUAUGUCAAAAGGCAGAGCAUGAGUUUCCAGGAAUGCCGUGUGGAAUAAUGGACCAGUUCAUCGUUACUAUGGGCAAGAAAGACCACGCUUUGUUGAUAGAUUGCAGAUCAUUGGAAUCAACACAUAUACCCAUGGAUUCCGAUGAAGCUGUCAUUCUGGUGGUGAAUUCGAACGUGAAACACCAGCUGACAGGCAGCGAGUACCCUCAGCGACGCGCUCAGUGUCAAGAAGCUGCUAAGAAAUUAAAAUUGCCCUCGCUAAGGAGUGCAAAUCUUGAGGACUUAAAAGAACUGAGGUGGUUAAACUGUGACGAACUUGUAUGUAAAAGAGCAAAGCAUGUUGUCGAAGAGAUCGCUCGUACUGAAGAGGUGGCUAAACUUUUGCCACAAAGGGCAUUUAGUGAGGUUGGUCAUCGAUUCUACCAAUCACACGAAUCGCUCAGCAAAUUGAUGGAAGUGUCAUGUCCAGAAUUAGACCAAUUGGUUAGCAUCAUGAAGUCAUCACCAGGAGUUUAUGGCGCUAGGAUGACUGGUGGUGGGUUUGGAGGCUGCGCUAUUGCGUUGGUAAAGAAGGAGUAUGUUGAAGAUGUUAAGAGGAAGGUGCAGUCAGAAUACAGCGGCAAGCCGGUAUUCUUCGUGAGCCAACCAAGCGAUGGUGCCAGGAUAAUAAAGCUAAAUUAGAUUAAUAAAUAAUUUAUACUUUUAUUAA